UAAGCAGGACAGGCCAUGGGUGCCACCAUCGUUUCCCCAACCUUGCUCUCUUUUGUUGUUAUUUUGUGCAUCGUCUGCUCUGUGAAGCAGGGCUACGCCUUGGGACGAAGAGAAACUGUGGAGAGCCAUACCAUCCAAGUCUCCUCCCUUCUACCCUCCUCUAUUUGCAGCUCUGCAACCCAAGCAUUAAACAAGAAGUCUUCUUUACAAGUCGUCCACAAGCAUGGUCCAUGCUCUCAACUCUAUCAAGAUAAAGCAGAUAUUCCCACUCACGCUCAGAUUCUCCUCCAAGAUGAAGCCCGCGUCAAGUCCAUUCGCUCAAAACAUGCCAAGAACCUAGGCCGCUCCACCAAUGUCGACCAGAGUGAUGCGACCAAUCUCCCUGCCAAGGACGGUAGCAUCGUCGGUGCAGGCAAUUACGUAGUUACCGUCGGUCUAGGCACCCCAAAGAAAGAUUUAACUCUCAUAUUUGAUACCGGCAGUGACAUUACGUGGACACAAUGUGAGCCUUGUGCAAGAAGUUGCUAUAAACAACAGGAUCAAAUUUUCGCACCAUCACUAUCCUCAACAUAUUCCAACAUUUCAUGCACCUCAACGAUUUGCAAUUCACUCACUUCCGCAACAGGUAAUUCUCCUGGAUGUUCAUCAACAGCUUGUGUCUAUGGCAUUCAGUACGGAGAUUCGUCUUUCUCGAUCGGAAUCUUUGCUAAAGAAAAGCUCUCCUUGACACCAACUGAUGUAUUCGAUGACUUUUUAUUCGGUUGUGGCCAAAACAAUCAAGGUCUUUUCGGAAGAGCAGCCGGUUUGCUUGGACUUGGCCGAGAUAAAUUAUCUUUAACUUCACAAACCGCUGUCAAAUACGAGAAAUUCUUCUCCUACUGCUUGCCAUCAUCCUCCAGCUCAACCGGUUUCCUAAGUUUCGGAUACAGUGGCGUCUCGAAAUCCGUAAAAUACACAACAUUCUCUACAAUCACCCAAAGUUCAUCUUUUUACGGAAUUGACAUUGUUGGGAUAAGCGUUGGUGGCAAAAAGCUACUGAUUUCAGCCUCUGUUUUCACCGCUGGUGGUGCCGUCAUCGACUCUGGAACCGUCAUCACCCGACUACCCCCUACGGCCUAUUCGGCAUUGAGCUCUGAAUUUAGAAAACUGAUGAGCCAAUAUCCGAAGGCACAACCACUUUCGAUCCUGGACACAUGCUAUGACUUCACCAAGUAUUCUUCUUCCGUUAUUGUGCCUAAGAUAAGCAUCUUUUUCAGUGGAGACGUGGAGGUUCCGAUCCACAAAAAUGGGAUUUUUUAUGUUAAUAGUAUCUCACAAGUUUGCCUGGCAUUUGCCGCCAACGGUGAUGACACAGAUGUAGGAAUAUUUGGGAAUACACAGCAAAAGACGUUGCAAGUGGUAUACGAUGGUGCUGGAGGGAAGCUCGGGUUUGCUCCAGGGGGAUGCACCUAAAUUUUAUAAAUCUUAUUGAGAGAAAAAUAUUCAACUUAGCUCUUAAAUCAUAAUUCACAUGAUAGCAAGAUUGGCUUAAGAUUGAAAUAAUCAAUGCACUAGUAAAAGUCAUCAGUUCACUAGUGGAUAUUUCUCUGCCUUUUUCUACCCAUUUACCAUUCAGGAAAGUAAAAUGUGUGCUGCAAUUUAUGUACAGUUAUAUAAAGAUGUGGUUUUCUAUGGUUUUCAAAUCAUAAAAUACGUAUCUCUUUC